AUGUCGAACAAGCACGAAGCAAUAGAGACGCCGCUGCUGCAGGUGCCGCUAGACUCCUUGAAACGGAACAUCCGAGAUCGCAAGUCGAUCAUGGACGACACGUCACAGCUCAGCGAGAAGGCGCAGCGUCUAGCGAAGGAGUUCGAGGAGUCGCCGCAGGAGGAUCAGACGCUGGCCCAGCUUGCCAGCCUGAACGAGAUGGAGAAGAUAGUCCUGGGAGCCAAGGAGAAGCUCGAGCGGAUAGCAGCGCUCGAACGCGACGAUAUCCACCGCCUGCGUGCGCGGAUCCAGCACCUCGGGGAGCUGGGGUCGCCGGAGAAGGACGAGACGCUGCCGUGGACGCGGCGACGCAUCGACCGCAUCAUCGUCGACCACAUGCUGCGGACAGGCCGGCUCGACAGCGCGGACAAGCUCGCGGAGGAGUGCGGGAUCACGGAUCUCGUGGACUCGCACGUGUUCCGCGGCGCCCAGGAGGUGGCGCGCUCCCUGCAGCAGCACAGCUGCGGACCCGCGCUGGCGUGGUGCCGCGAGAACCGCUCGCGCCUCAAAAAGAUCAAGUCCACGCUCGAGUUCCUCCUCCGCGUCCAGGAGUAUAUCGAACUCGUGCGACAGGAGCGCCCCACCGACGCGCUCAAGUACGCUCGGCAGUAUCUCGCGCCGGCCGCGAAGGACAGCCUCCCGGCGCUGCAGCGGGCGGUGGCGGCCAUCGCGUUUGGGCCGGCGACGAAGUGCGCGCGGUACGCGCACCUGUUCCACCCGGACCGGUGGGACGACCUCGUGGAGAUCUUCCUCGGCGACGUGUACCGCCUGAACUCGCUCCCGUCCAAGUCCCUGCUGGCCAUUCACCUCCAGGCGGGGCUGUCGGCGCUCAAGACGCCGGCGUCCUACGGGACCGAGACGAGCAAGGAGGACCCGCUGCACCUCCCGGCGUUCCAGGAGCUCGCGAAGGAGCUGCCCUGGGCGAAACACGUGCACUCGAAACUGGUGUGCGCGCUGACGCGGGAGCCGAUGGACGAGCACAACCCGCCGAUGGUGCUCCCGAACGGCGCCGUGUACUCGGAGCGCGCCGUGGGCCUGGUCGCCAGCAAGAACGCGGGGCACAUGGUGUGCCCCGUGAGCGGGGAGUCCUUCCCCGUCGCCGACAUGCGCAGGGCCUACAUCAUGUGA